AUAUGCAUACAAAUUGAGUACUUGACAACCACUUAGAGCAACGUGUCUGUGUUUGAGAGGACUAAACUAAACUAAACCCCUCACACACAUCUUUUAGGGAAAAAAGAAAAAAAAAAGAAAAAAAAAUGAGUGAUAACAUAGUCUCAUCAACACAAACCUUUAAUAUUAAGUACAACAAUACUAUCACAUUUUCUUCAACAAGUGGAAUCUCUUCUUCUUCUUCUCAUCAUCAUAAUCAUCAAGAUGAUGGUGGGGUUAUCAAAGAGCAAGAUCGGUUGCUUCCAAUUGCAAAUGUUGGGAGAAUCAUGAAGCAAAUCCUUCCAACAAAUGCAAAGAUCUCAAAGGAAGCAAAGGAGACUAUGCAAGAGUGUGUUUCUGAGUUCAUAAGCUUUGUGACCGGUGAAGCUUCUGACAAGUGUCACAAGGAGAAGCGCAAGACCGUUAAUGGUGAUGAUAUUUGUUGGGCCUUGGCUACUCUAGGGUUUGAUGAUUAUGCUGAGCCACUCAAAAGGUACUUGCAUAAGUUUAGGGAAUUGGAAUGUGAAAAAGCUAAUAAUCAAAAUAAUAUUAAGGUUAUUAAUACUACUAAUAGAAAUAAUAAUAAUCUUAUUGAAAAAUAUAGUAGUUAUGGGGGUGAUGAUGAUGAAGACUAGAAUAAUAGCCAAGAAAAGAAAACACUACUCCAAAUCUAGGACUAAAGAGAAAGGGUAUCUAUUUGUCACUACUCCAAGCUUCUUGUUCUUUUUCUUAAUUACUUCAUCUACUUCUUUAAUUUUAAUUUCUAGUAGUUUAAUCUCUUUCUAACUUGUUUAAUUUCAUAUAUCAUUAAUCUAUUAGGUGCUAUAUGGUGUUGUUAAUGUGAAAUCAUGAGCAAUAUUAUGUAUAUCUAUAAGCAUGUAUGAAUUUCAGAUCUUUUAAUUUGUUAAGGGUUUGAAAUAUUUAUUGAGUUUGAUGAUGGUACUUAUUAUAACCAUAUAGUAGCUUGGGAAUUAGAUGAUGAACUUAGUUGUUGAAUUUUGGACUAUCACAAUAAUAAAAAGGAUGA